AUGAUAUUUGCCGGUAAACGAUUUAUUAGUAUUGUUACUGCUACUGCUGCUCUUCUUGCCUCUUCUUCUUUUGGUUCGGUUGAAGCUAGUGGUAUUCCUAGUAAUGCUGUUGUUGAAUAUUGGGGUCAAAAUUCUGCUGCUGCUGGUGGAAGUGGCUCUCAACAAAAUCUGGCUUACUAUUGUGAUGGUCAAACAGAUGUGCUUGUUAUCAGUUUCCUCUAUGAAUUCAACGUUGGUGGACUUCCAGGUUUGAACUUUGCUAACGCAUGUACUACUUCUUUUGAUGGAACUACUUUGUUACAUUGUCCCGAUAUCGCUAAAGAUAUCAAAACAUGUCAAUCCAAAGGUGUCAAGAUUUUGCUUUCUCUUGGUGGUGCAGCUGGUGCUUAUGGAUUCAGUUCUGAUGCUCAAGCAACUACAUUUGCGCAAACACUGUAUGAUAUGUUUGGUGCUGGUACACAUAAAUAUCGUCCGUUUGAUGAUGCUCAGGUAGAUGGAUUCGACUUUGAUAUUGAAGGUGGAGGCUCGACUGGAUACGCCACUUUAGCAGAUACUCUCAAAUCUCUUUCCAACAAUCAACUUUUAAUUACUGGUGCUCCUCAAUGUCCUUUCCCUGAUGCCAUGCUGGGUGAUGCCUUGAAUAAUGCCUUUUUCGAUGCCGUCUUUGUUCAAUUCUACAACAAUUAUUGUACUCCUUCUGGUAGCAACUUCAACUUUGACACUUGGAACAACUGGGCAACAACUACUUCAAAGAACAAGAAUGUCAAGGUCUUUUUGGGUCUUCCUGGUUCUCCAACCGCUGCUGGCAGUGGCUAUCUCACCUUUAGUCAAAUUCAAUCAGCUGUACAAAGUGUUCAAAAAUACAGUAGCUAUGCUGGUGUCAUGUUCUGGGAUGCAUCCCAAACUUAUAGCAACACUCAAGUCUCACCCAAUCUUGCCACUGCUGUAGGAAAAUUGGUUCAUGGUGGUGCAUCUGGUUCUCCAAGCACUACUCCCACCACUGGUACUACAUCGACUUCCUCCAGUAACAAACAAUCAUCUGCGUCGGCCACAGAAUCAUCCACUUCAGCUGUACCUUCAUCCUCUCCUACAACCAGUCCAUCUACAUGUGUCAAGACUGGCGACAGUUGUCCUACCAACAAUCAAUACACCUGUUCCGGCAGCUCGUUUGCAGCAUGCGAUAAUGGCAAGUGGGUGCUGCAAGGAUGCCCCAGCGGACUUACGUGCUUCAAGACUACAGAUGGAUCAUCUAUCUAUUGUGCUCAACCUCUGUCUGGCAAGGUCGAUACUUGUUCUGCUUCUUCUGCCUCUCCUGCAUCCGCUACUGCUCCCAAGCCUUAUACAAAUAAUCGUGUGCAAGCUCAAUUGUCUGUGGUCAGUUCCAAUACAUCAUCAUGGUCAGCCGUCAUCAAUGCCCGUCGUACCGAUAUCAAGCCAUUUGGGUCUCAAGUCGUGGUGGGAUUCACCCUUGGUCCUCAUAUGAAUCUGACUUCAGCCGAUAACGCAAAGAUCUCGCAAAAAGGAAAUAAGGUUACUAUGCAAGUCAAGAAUCCUCAUCGAAAAUCCAUGGAUUUGGUCUUCUCUAUCAAGGGUUCCAUUGAUCAAGGCGGUGUCUUUGUCGCUCCUUCUUCCUCUAGUAUGACUUUUCAAUCCUAA